GCGACAAAAAUGGCCGCCUGUGGGCUAUUCCGCUCGCUGUCUUCCAACUUUUGCACAGUUUUGCCUUUACUUACUCGCUCGGCAACGCUUUCUCCGUUGCAACUGGCAACAGCGCCUUAUUUUCGAAGAACAUUAGCGUCCUCUUGUCGGGUUUCAGCAGCACUUAAAUUCACAGACAAGCAUGAAUGGAUCCGGGUAGAAGACGAUGGAGUCGGGACUGUUGGCAUCAGCAACUUUGCACAAGAAGCUCUGGGAGAUGUGGUUUACUGUGGACUGCCAGAGCUGGGGACACAGCUGGCUCAGCAAGAUGAAUUUGGAGCUCUGGAAAGCGUAAAGGCUGCCAGUGAGCUCUAUUCCCCUUUGACUGGAGAAGUUGUUGAAGUCAAUACACUUCUGGCAGACAAACCUGGUCUGGUCAACAAAUCCUGCUACAAAGAUGGUUGGCUGAUGAAGAUGACCAUUGCCAACCCUGCGGAGCUUGACGCUCUGAUGGAUGAGGCAGCGUAUGAAAGAUACAUCCGCUCCAUUGAGGACUAACCUAAUACUUCUUAAUAAGUGCUAUGCUCCCUCUCUCCUUUUCAAACACUGGCAAGCAAAUGCACAAGAUGUGUCUGUCAAGUUACUACACUGCACUUUGCAUCCACCAGUGGAGCUCCAGAGCUUCACAUUGCUGGUCUGUCAGUGUUGUAGAGCUGUGAACGUUAGGAAUCCUUUAUCUACUGUUAAAGACAUGGGACCUGUCAAUCUGCAUCAACUAAACAUCCAAUGUUCAGUUCUUAUAGCUUCAAGCCCCAAAACAUAAGAAAGUGAGACUCAGUCAGUAGAACAGUUUCCCAACAUUUCAGUCAAAUAGAAACUGUUCUAGGAUACUGUUAGACUUUUACAAAAUCACUUUGGUCUUUAUGGUAUUAUUAAUAAUGUUGGUCUAUUCUGCAUGUAUGAAAGUUACACUGUGCUCAUGGGACCUGUAGAAUAGAAAAUAAACAUUCUGACACAUUG